AUGCAGCAAGAUAAUGAUAACAAAAGACAUUGCUGCAAGCCCAUCAGUCAAACUGUGAUGGCUUUCCUCAAGUGUCUGAAUCUCAGACACUCAUCUUCUUCUUCAGACAUGGUGAAAGCUAAAUCAAGAAAUGAGGAGGAAGAAGAAGCUUCAUCAGUUGAAACUUCAACAAGGAGUCUCAACGUGAUGAGCAAACGGAUACGUAAGCGGAUAAGUAAACAACAGGUUAGCUCCGGCAAACGAGGUGGAGUUAACAACUACGACAUGUAG